CGUACGUAGUCAUACAGAAUGUAGAGGAAACUACCUGAGGAUGCAUUUAAUUCCAGUGCGAAAGAAAUGUAUUCUAUGUGGACGAUGAGGCACCAAGGCUGAAGGAAUGUGAUUCACCCAAAGCUGUGAAGUGGCUCUGUGACUAACCUGGGAUUUGGAAGAAAAGGUCUUUUAGAUUUAUAUCUUUGCUUUGUCCACUUGGACUACACUGGCCCAUCAGUGGGGCUUAGAUGUGGGUAUGGAAAUGGGGGUGGGAGAAGAGAAAUGAAUCAUAGUCCUUUAUUGUUUCAAUGACAUUCUGUAGUUCUUCUUCUUCAUCAGCAGGUAUCGAGCGGGAUUUCAACAUUCCUCAUCGUAAUCCAUUCCUCCUGCUGGUGGACAGGAGCAUUACAUUAUCAGACCAGGGAUUUGAUUCAUUGAGAAGGUAAUGGCAAGUGAGAAGGGAAGGCUAGAGAGCAAAAACUCAAGUCAGGUAACAGCCUGUGGAGGAAACAACCAAGAUGGAGUCAUUGGAGAGGAAGCUGGAGCCAAGGUGAAAGGAGAGGCUCUGAAAGAGAACCGGCCUCCCCCUAACCUAAUAAGAUUGGCCAACGGGAACGUCCCUUGGGCCUGCCCUGAUGGCACAUUUAUCAAACUGGUCUUGGAGGUUGGUAAAGGUUUGGAUAAGCCAAAGGAAGGUUCCAUAUGCCAGGUUUUCAUUGAGGCUGAUCCAGGAGGCCCGUUGAGUUACCCAUCCCACAGUUGGGCAGAGGUGGAACUGGGUGCAGGUGAUGCUGAAUGGGACGGAGCAGUGGACCGCUGCCUGGAGACCAUGUUCGCUGGGGAACGGGCAGAGCUAAGGUUAACGGGAGGAGGCAGCAUUAUUGUCCAGCUGGCCAGCUUCACACAAACCAAGGACUCCUGGGAGAUGAGCGCCAGCGAGAAGUGGAACUUAGUUAUCCGCAACAAAGAGCACGGCAGUGAGCUGUACCGGGCUGGAGAUAUUGGUGCGGCGGCAAGGCGCUAUGCCAAGGCCUUGCGGCUGCUUGUGGCAGCUGCCCCACCCCCAGACUAUGACCAAAUUAAAGCUGAGCUCCACGCCAACCUAGCUGCCUGUCAGCUGAGGUUGCGCCAGCCAGCCAAUGCUGCUUGCAACUGUACGAAGACACUGGCAUUGCAGCCAGCCAACACCAAGGCGCUGUUUCGACGUGGCUUAGCAUAUGAUGCCAUGAAUGACCUGGAAGGAGCAGCGCAAGAUCUGAAGGGUGUUUUGCGAGUGGAGCCAGGAAACCGAGCGGCCCGGCGGGAGCUGGAUAGGGUGAUGGAGAGGAUAAAGGCACGGGAUGCCAAACUGGCACGAGCCAUGCAGAAAAUGUUUAGCUAA